CUAUUCUGUGCUUGUGGUCUUUUUUUGUUUAUUCCUUGUUUCCACACACUUUCUUUCGUUUCUCUCUACAAGAAGUUUCUAGAAUGAGAUAAGCACAACCGCCGCUCGUCGCCACAAAGCCGCUGCUGGUUUUUUUCUGUUGCAUAUUUUGAUUUUUUUGCAUCUGAUUUUGGCUCAUCUGGUGGUUCCUGAUGGAGUUCGUUGAUAUCGGGGGAAAGUAAUCGGUGUUUUAGAUUUAAAGAUGCAGUUAUUGAUUUGAGAUGCUAUUUUUGGAGUUUUUUGCUUCUGAGUUCUAGGGUUUGAAUCUGGAUUAUGAGCGGAGAGUCAUUGGUAGGCGGCGGCGGAGAGCCGCAGAAGUCAAAUCCGACGCCAUUUUUGACGAAAACUUAUCAGUUAGUGGACGAUCCAAGCGUGGAUGAAUUGAUCUCGUGGAACGAAGACGGAACCUCCUUCAUCGUGUGGCGUCCUGCAGAGUUCGCUAGAGAUUUACUGCCUAAAUACUUCAAACACAAUAAUUUCUCCAGCUUUGUUCGUCAACUCAACACUUAUGGAUUCCGGAAAGUAGUUCCCGAUCGAUGGGAAUUCUCUAACGAUUGUUUUCAAAGAGGUGAAAGAGGACUAUUGAGAGACAUUCAACGCCGGAAACUCUCCGCCGGAGCGACGUCGCCGUCGCCAGCGGCGUCACCCAACACAGCAGCUGCAGCAGUAACAAUCGCGGCGCCACCGCCGCCGCCAACCGCUAUCCAAAUUUCCCCGUCGAAUUCCGGCGACGAGCAAGUCCUCUCUUCCAACUCACCGCCGCCGUCCACGGCGGCGCUCCGGAGCUGCACGUCGGCGCCGGGUAUUCUGGAGGAGAACGACCGGCUACGAAGGGAGAACUCGCAGCUUAGCCAGGAAUUGGAUCGAUUGAGGAGCAUGUGCAGUAACAUAUACAGUAUGAUGUCUAAUUACGCGUCGCCGAAUCAAGGCGAGGCGAGCACGAACGCGGCGGAGGGAGGAGCGUCGGAUCUGACGCAGGCGGCGGCGGAGGGCGGCGGCGGAAGGCCGCCGGAGGAGGAGGGGAUCUGGCCGAGGAUAUUUGGGGUUUCGAUAGGGGCGAAAAGGUUGAGGAAAAAUGGGGAGGAAGAUGUGAUGGUGUCUGAGCCGUCGGAUCCUGGGAGUGGUAAAAUCAACGAUCCUCCGUGGCUUGAUAAGUUGUGAGUUUCCUCCUUUUUAUUUUUUUAAAUAUUUUAUUUUAUUUUAUUUUAUUAUGAUAGACUUAAUUACUAUAUUUAUUUUAUUUAUUGUAAGAAUCUUAUUGGGACAUAUGGAACACAUGUUUUGGUCGUUGUUGUGACGGUGGAACGGGUUAGUUGCUGAUUA